CGGGGAAUAAAGUACGAGAGAUCUCGAUUGUGAGAAGGCUUUAAUAAUGAGGAGUUCUGGGCUCGAUAUGUGAUAUGAAGUUCAAACGAGUAGUGGUAAUCAUACGAGAGAGUAGUAGUUAAUACUUAAAUGAUAUAUAGGUUUGGACCUCACGGUCGUUGAGAGAGUUACGUUUGCGCGAGUAAGUUUUUCGAGUCUCUUCGAAGGCAUUUUUUUUCGUGAGCCUCGCGUGUAAGCUCAAAGCGUGUGCGUAUGCUCUCGCUCAUUCCUCUUCACACAGCCCGCGCUUUCUCUCUCUUUACUCUGUAUCACGUAUACCGUGUAUACGUAUGUGUGUCCGUGAGAGUGCAUGGGUAAUUUUUUAUUUCGGUUUUUUGAAUAACGCACGAUGGUGCUCCAGCAAGAGGUUGUAACGAAGGCCGAGGAAAUCGCCGACCAGGUAAUUAGAAAUGGAAAGCACAUAUUGCCGACGCUGGCGCGUCUCUGCCUUAUUGCAACAUUUUUGGAGGAUGGCUUGAGAAUGUGGACGCAAUGGAACGAGCAAAGGGAAUACAUGGACAUGUCCUGGGGAUGCGGACAAUUUUUAGCAACGUUAUUUGUCUUUGUAAAUCUGGUGGCACAAUUAGGCGGUUGUGUGAUGGUCAUAGGAAGAUUCAGAGUCAGCAUAGCUUGCGGAGCACUUUUCUUCAUCGUCGUACUUCAAACCUUUGCCUACAGUAUACUCUGGGAUAUGCAAUUUUUCUUUAGAAACUUGGCUCUCAUAGGAGCUCUUCUUUUGGUACUGGCUGAAUCACGAGUCGAAGGAAAAUCUCUGUUUGCCGGUGUUCCAACACUUUCGGACAACAAACCGAAGAAUUAUCUUCAACUGGCUGGAAGAGUUCUUUUGGCGUUUAUGUUUAUAACGCUGAUACGCUUCGAGAUUUCGUUCAUGCAAAUAAUUCAGGAUAUUCUUGGCAGUAUUCUCAUGGUUCUGGUGACCGUAGGAUAUAAAACGAAACUCAGCGCUCUCUUACUUGUACUACUUCUUACUGCUCUCAACUUUUAUCACAAUGCGUGGUGGACCAUUCCUGAUCACAAGCCUUUGAGAGAUUUCCUCAAAUACGAUUUCUUCCAGACGUUAUCGGUUAUUGGAGGACUUCUAAUGAUCGUUUCCCUUGGGCCAGGGGGAGUUUCCAUGGACGAGCACAAAAAGAAAUGGUAGAUUUUUCUUCCAUCACUCUCAGCAUCAUCAAUCUAUUAUCAUCCAAGAAUUCCUCGAUCGAUCAUGAUAGAAAACCAACAUUGGGUUUCGAUUUUCGAUUUUCUAUGAAAGAUGCAAACAAAAAAUUGCAAAUAAAUAUUCACCAGAAAAAACUUCCGGCUCUUUUAACGUUUCUACUGAGCGUAUACACGUUUAUAAAACGUCAAUAAUUCAACAUCCCGAGCCAAGAAUGAGCUCCGAACCGACGUUAUAUAACUGUGAAGAAAAAAAAAGAGCAAUAAAAUUUCACAGGGUUGGAAGAAUGAUCGAUAUUUAGCAUUGUUAAUCACCCUAGAAUUUUAGACACAGUCAUAGCGUACUUACACACGGGACCUAUGAACCUCAAUAGCGAGAAUCUUGAGAUAAUAUCUUGGGAGAAUAACGAAACAUGACGCGAGAUACUCGCUGAUACGUGGAACCGGAGAAGGACAAGAAAUAUUGAAAAAUAUCAAAUGAAAGAUUGAAUUUCGGACACGAAGAAGACGUACGAAGACUAAUUUAUCAAAUAAUUAGUUGCAUUGUAUAUACAUAGCGGUAUAUUUACUAUUGUGAGAAAAAACAAUAUUUUUUGGUGUUUGUUUUUUUUUCUCUCUGUGUUGAUUUUGCGUCUGGAUGCCAGGUUUUCUGUUUUUCAAAUUAUUCUUCCAUAAUAAAUGUGUAAGAAAAUGAAAAUAUUUUGUCAUGUUUGUACGUGCCUUUUUAUCAAGAAACGCAGUAGCGGCUUAAUGCGAAAUGUUUAAAGAAAAGCAAGCCUUACCGCACCUCUUAUGUACACAAAAUGCCGGUUUUGCGAAUUCAUAGUGUUCGUAAUAUCUGUAUAAACAUACGUAAGCCUUACUCCUACUAUGGGGAUUACUACUACAUGUUGAUGUGAAUAAAAAAUAGGUCGAACUUUCA